AUGGCCUGGCAGAGAUUCGUGGGUAGACGAGGCAACCCAUCGAAUGUGUUCUCCGACAACGGGUCCAAUUUUGUCGGUCCACAAAAGGAGUUGAGCAACUGGUUGAUGCAGUUAGACAAAUGCGCCCGGCAAGACCGACUGUCGCCAUCUGGAACCCAAUGGCACUUCAACCCACCUUACAGCAGUCACCAUCGCCAUCUGGAACCCAAUGGCACUUCAACCCACCUUGCAGCAGUCACCGCGGAGGAGUUUGGUAACGGCUUAUACGGUCGGUGCAAAACAUAUUGA